GAGUCAGGCUGUGCCUUCCCACAAAGAGAACAGACCCCACUUCUGAGGCUGCAGUUCAGAGGGAUCAAGCCCACGGUUGACAACGAUGCUGCCUUGUUGACAGACCUGGAGAGGAAAAAACCAACGGAGCAAAACCAGUUCAGCCAUUUGGAAGAACCAGAGCUUUGGGUCGCAUUGCCAAGGGAUGUUGACCAGACCCUUCCUUGCCGUCGCAGAUCAGGGGUAGAAACUGAGAGGCUCCAGAGAACCCACGGGGGGGAAUUUAUUAAUUCUCAGGGUGGGUAUGAGGACCUGGAUGAUCAUGUAGGGCAACAGCAGGCAGCGGUCUCGAAGAAUGGGAAAGAAGAACCAGGAAUUCCGUUAGGACACCUCCUCCGGUUGAGAUCUGAACUCGAUGUGCACAAAGGAACUCUCCUGGGAGAGUCCCAGUACAAAUGUACUGUUUGUUGGAAGACCUUUUGCCGAAGGAACGUUCUCAUCACGCAUCAGAGGAUCCACACGGGGGAGAAACCCUACAAAUGCCCGGAUUGUGGGAAAAGCUUUAGCCAGCGGUCCCACCUCAUCCUCCACGAGCGGACGCACACCGGGGAGAAGCCGUACCGUACAAGUGCUUGGUCUGUGGCAAGCGCUUCAGUCAGCAUCCCCACCUGGUGAAACACGAGAGGAUCCACACGGGAGAGAAGCCGUACAAGUGCUCCUUCUGCGAGAAGAGCUUCGGCAACAGGUCGACUCUGACCACCCACAAGCAAACCCACACCGGGGAGAAGCCAUACGCGUGUUCGGACUGCGGGAAGAGCUUCGGCAACCGCUCCUCUUUGAUUGCCCAUAGCCGAACCCACGCGGGAGAAAGGCCCUACAAUGCUCCGAAUGUAGGGAAAUCUUCAGCCAUCAGUCAACCCUCAUUAGACAUGGACAAAUCCAUAAUGGUGAGAAAGUUUCAUAGCGCUUGGAAGCUGUGAAGAGCCCAGGUUUGGAUUUUGGGGUAGAGAAGAAGUCUUGCUUUGGGGACAAGGCGCUGUGGCCGAGGACAAAUUCGGUGACUUAGGGAGAAUCUCUUCCUGUCGGUCUGAGAAAUGGGAAUGGCAAAGUCCUCACAUGCAGAUGGCUUAGAGAGUAACAGAAUAAGGAAGCAGAGGCAGCCAAGGGGGAUAGUCAAAAUAAGCCAUGAUUGUGGCUGUAAUUAUUUGACCAAAGGCCCACC